CUUUAACUGCUGAAAGUCUACUUUUCAACUUCGAUAAUCGAUUAGUCGAAAAUCGACGGCCAUCUUUCUUUCUUUUACGAAAAAUCCUCACACAAGUGACAAGAGCACAUCAACAUGCAAUUGUUUGUACGUGGUUUGGAAAACGUUGAGACCAUCGAUGUCCAACAAGAUGUCACCAUUGCCGCUGUUAAGGCUCACAUUGCCCAACUGCAUGGCUACAACACUGAGGAAAUCAUUUUGAAUUGCGAAGGCAAUGCUUUGGCCAACGAAACCGCUGUCUCUGCCUUGUCCUCCUUUGAAUUGGACAUUACCAUUCCAAUGUUGGGUGGUAAAGUGCACGGUUCUUUGGCUCGUGCCGGUAAAGUAAAGGGUCAAACCCCCAAGGUUGAAAAGCAAGAGAAGAAAAAGAAGAAGACCGGCCGUGCCAAGAGACGUAUCCAAUACAACCGCCGUUUCGUGAACACCGUAUCUGGAUUUGGUCGUCGUCGUGGCCCCAAUGCCAACUCUGCUUAAGUCUUUACUAAGAAGUAGUAUCGCAGUGCUGAGUGUAGUUUUUAGUGAAAACAAUAACUAAAAAUUAUGAUUUUGAUUUUAGAAUUUUCCAUAUAAACUAAACUAAAAUACCCAAAACCAGAAAAAGAAAUUUUUGUUAUUUCAGCGGAUAGAUCACAAUAUGUUGACUGAUCUUUUUUAUUUGGUAUUUUGUUUGUUAUAUAUAAAAUUAGUUGGAAAACGAUGUUCGGUUUCUGUUGGCGUAUUUUAGCUGCCAUUGUUGGUAAAUGUGUUCCGAAAGUAUGACGAAUAGGGCAAAAAGAGAUCC